AUGGCUGACCGCAACACAGUGACAACCACUGUCCAUGUCCUCAGCAACGUCACUGGAAACACCACCACGCCCACUUCCGUCCGUAUAGCCACCGUGAUCAACUGGCUGACGUUCUGCAUUGGGCUGCCCGCCAUUGGACUGGCUAUGUACACCCUCAAGAAUCUGUCCAAAGGUGAUAACAAACUUCCUAUGCAUGUCAUGGUCCUCCUGGUCUCUGACGUUAUCAGUUUCUUUGGCCGUCCCAGUGUGAACCAGAACAUGGGGACUGGGACCGUCUUGUCCUCCGACACCACCAACUUCAUCUUCUACUUUGGUAUCGUCACCAACAUCACCCUCAUGGUGUUCAUAGCUCAGGAGCGCCAUGUUGCCUUGGCCUACCCGCGGUGCCUUGGCUUCUGCGGCACCAUCAAGCGGUCUCCUCCGGUCGUUUUGUUGACGUGGGCGGCUCCGUUAGCCGUCCUCGCCCUCGCCAUGCUGCAGUACAAACUCUGGUUUGCGGUGUGUUUGCUGGCUCCUUUCCCCUUCCUGCUCUUCUUUGCCGUGGACUCCUGGAGGGCCCUGAUCUGCUCCCGAUCCAACCCUAAAACCAUAGAGAGGAGGAGGGCGGUGUGGGGGAUGGCUGCAAUUUGGGCCAAUUACACCCUACUCUACGUCCCCUUCAUCCUCAGCAUCCUCCUGGACGCGCUGUCCUUUACGGAGGUGGUGACGUACCUGGAGCUGGUGUCUCACCUGCUGCUCUACCUCAGCCCUCUGGUGGACCCCUUCCUCUACAUUUUCAUGACCAAAGGGUUCAAAGAGGUGCUGCAGGCGCUGCCAUGCUGUCAAAACAUCCGUCAGAGAGAAAACAUGAGACCCACUGUGGAUACUGUGGCUGAGACCGUGGAGACUAGGCUUUGA